AGCCCUCAGGGAGGGCGAGGAGAGGGGUUGGUACAACGAUGGGAGUGGCCAUUUUUGCGGUGUUUGGUUCUGCAAAAGCGACAGGCUGUUGGAGAGAUCCAAAGUUGACUUGUGGUGGAGGGGCACUUUUUUUUUGGUGAACUUCUGGAUUAUUUUUGGGCCGUUCACUUUGAAGACCCACCUUAAGUUCUGUGUGGCCAAUCAUAUGCACUGGAAAUGCAGGUCCACAUCCCCAUCAGCCUCGUUGUUCCAGGCCAUUCGGGUGUUUCCAAUGGGCAGGCAAUGUUGAAGCAGUUCUUGAUCUUUUCGAACUGUUCCUCUUGUCCGAGUUGAGCAGCAACUGUUCUAUAUCACAAUGGCCGCCAUCCAGUCCUACAGAAACCUCCUGCGCGCCGCGAGGAUUGCCUUUGAAGGCGAUACUCGAAUGCUUACCGGUGCCCGCGAGUCGAUUCGUAAUGCCUUCCGGGACAAGGCCACCCUCCCUCCCUCGGACCCCUCGAUCGAACCCGCUUUGAAGCAUGCCGACGAGGUUGCCGCUUUCUUGAAGGCCAACGUUGUACAGGGUAUCAAGCAGGAGGAUAACACAUACAAGCUCCGGAUUCACGAACACACUGAAAGAGGCGACAACGAGUCUAUCAAGUUUGCAAACAAGAACCCAAGGGUUGGGGUCAAGUGCUGCUCUGAGAUAUAGUGGAGGUUGAUGUGUGGACAGGAGCAAAUGCGUAAAGAUGUCGGCGUAUUGGCGAUUUUGUUUCGCCUUGUAUUGAAUAGCCGUCUAUGAUACCCCUCAGUGUACAACAAUGUAACAAUAGCAUAACAUGACAUGAUGCAGAUGCAGUGGUGUAUCUCCCGUACCCUAAACUAUCCCGUGGCAAUGAUAGCCUCCCAAAC